AUGAAGAUCGUCAUCAUCGGUGGAGGCAUCUCCGGAUGCACAGCAUUCCUUCAGUUUCGCAAGAACCUACCAGGAGAACACGAUAUCACCAUCUACGAAGCCUACGACACUCACAUCGACACAACAAACGAAGACCGCGAUGGAGAAAUCCAUUCAUCUACUCUAGUCGUUGGCGGCGGGCUAGGCCUCUUUCCGAAUGGUCUCAACGUCCUCAAGCGUUUGGAUGAAGAUAUCCUCUGCGAUAUCAUUCGUGGCGGGUACCCCAUCGCGCACCAGGACUUGAGAUCGAAGAAUGGGACUUUACUUAUGCGGAUGGAUCCCACAGCUGACCCUGAGCAGGACGGCAAGGGAAUGCAUCUUCUCGGAACUAGUCGUCACUCCCUGUGGAGGAACUUGCGGUCGCGCAUUCCAGAUUCUGAUAUCCAGACCAAGCGGGUGCUUAAAAUCGUCGCGAACCCUGAUGGGAGGAGCAUAGUGUACUUCACAGAUGAUAGCCCACCUGAUGAGGCUGAUUUGGUCAUUGGUGCGGAUGGCAUAAAGGGCAUCACUAAGGAGGCUAUCUUUCCGGACAGGGAGGACCUCUAUACGCCGGAAUAUCAGGGCCUCGUGGGAGUCGGGGGCUUUAUUUCAUCGGACGAGGUCAAAGAUCUCGUCGAUGAUGGCUCGAUGAACUUGGUCUUUGGGGGAAACGGAUUCUUCGGAUACUUCUUCUCGACCAGCGCGCCGUCUGCGCCCAACCGUGAUUCUGUGUACCAUGUCUCCAAGCCAGGCGAGUUCCUAGGGUGGUGGUCGACCUAUGCGGUGGACGAAUGCCCUGACCCAAAAUCGCUUGACAUGGAGGCGGUCGCGAAGCAACUACGAGAGAGACAUGCGAGCUGGAGGAGUCCUGUGAUACAGAAAAUCCUGGCAUCCCUUGAAGUGAAAAACAUGUACCCCACAUGGACCUCUCCUCAGCUUCCGACUUGGGAGCGUGACGGUAUUGUUCUUGUCGGGGAUGCAGCGCAUGCCCUACCUUCUACUUCGGGGCAGGGAUCCUCUCAGGCUCUCGAAGAUGUUGAGGCAUUCACAAUGUUGCUUAGCCAUGCUCUGCGUGGUGUCCCCCAGGAGUGUUCAUCUGAUCUCAAGCUGUACAAAACCGCUAUCACGACAGCUGCCAGACAGUAUAUGGAGAUUCGCCGACCGCGGGUUGAGGGCAUCCUUAAGAACGCCCAGCGGAUGCAAAACAGUAAGCGUGAUAUGAACGUCAUUGCUGAGUAUAUGAUGUAUUCCGCGAUGUGGAUUGCUGGAUGUUUCCCGGGCAUGAUAUCACGAUCUUUGAAGAGUGUGAUCAACUAUAAUAUUGCCGAUGAGGUAGCGGCUUUUAUCGAGCAACAGAAGGAAUAA